AUGGCGUCCGUCAAAUCGGAGCCCGUGGAUGACCCUGGCGCCGCCCUUGGCGCCGUUGACGCCGUCCACGGUAUGACCGACAACGAGAAGCAUGAUUAUCUUCAACGUCUUGUUUCCUCAGCCAACUCGCCAGAUCUUCUUGAGAAGGGUGUCAGUGUUGGCGUGCGGGUGCUGCAGACCCUCAAAAAGCCACUUGAAGCGGCAGGUCUCCAAGCUUCAGGCGCCCAAUGGCUGAAGGCCAUCAGCGACUUUGAGACCCUUGCGAAGGCAACGCGGACCAUCGUCGGUGUUGUCGGCGAUACAGGAGCUGGAAAGUCGUCUGUCAUCAGUGCUGUCCUUGAUGAGGAACGGCUCCUCCCUACCAACUGCAUGAGAGCAUGCACGGCAUCUCCGACUGAAAUCUCGUACAACUACUCCGAGAAUCCGGACGAACUCUACCGUGCCGAGGUCGAGUUCAUCAGCGCUGACGACUGGGUCAAGGACCUGCGCGGCCUCUACACUGACCUUCUUGACGGCAAUGGCGAGGUUUCCCGCGAGUGCACGAAUCAAGACAGCGAUGCUGGCGUGGCCUACGCCAAGAUCAAAGCUGUCUAUUCCAAAUUGACCAAGGAACACAUCGCACGGGCAACACCCGAAGGCCUUGCGAGCCAGGUUGCCGUCCGCCAAGUGCUGGGGACCAUCAGGAAGUUGCGAGCAACAACAGCCGCCAGUUUGUAUCGCCAGUUGCAGGAAUAUGUUGACAGCAAAGAAAAGAACACCGAGAAGCGGAUGGAGUUCUGGCCGCUGAUCAAGGUUGUCCGCAUCUACACCAAGGCUUCUGCCUUGGCCACAGGCGCUUGCCUCGUCGAUCUUCCAGGCGUCCAGGACUCAAACGCAGCUAGAGCCGCCGUCGCUGCCAAUUACAUGAAGGCAUGCACCGGUCUGUGGAUUGUCGCCCCUAUUACACGAGCGGUGGACGACAAGACGGCCAGGUCCCUGCUUGGUAACUCGUUCAGACGCCAGCUCAGGUACGACGGCACAUAUUCUGCCGUGACCUUCAUAUGCUCCAAGACGGACGACAUCUCUGUCACCGAGGCUGCAGAGAGCCUGGGGAUUGACGAGGAGAUUUCUGAGUCUUGGGCCAGGAUCGAGGAAAUUUCGGAUGAAGUCAGGAAGCUUAAAUCUGACAUUGGCGAUUUCAAAGACGAGCGAGAUGCGUGCGGCGACCUCAUUGACAAGAUCGAGCAGGAUUGGGACAAAUGGGAGGCCUUGGGCAGCAAGCUCGCUGGAGGAGCCACCGUUUACGCCCCAGCGCCCAACUCGCCAAGGAAGAAGCGCAAGCGGCAGGCUCGGCCACUUGGCAACCGCAAGAAGCUCAACUCCAGCGAUGUCGAUAGUGACUUCUCGGAUUCGGACGGUUCGGACUUCAGUGAUAAGGAAAAUCAAGGACCACCGGCAGAGGACAGAGAACCACUUACCGCCGACGAGAUUGAAGCCGAGCUCGCGUCUCUAAAGGCCGAGAAGAAAGAAGUCCGAGCGAAGAAAAAGGAGAUCGAGGACAAAGUCAAGGCCAUUCGUGAAGCGAUCAAGGAGCUGGUCACUGAGAAAGACAUGCUCCUUGCUGAGGUGAAGGCUAUUUGCAUACAGGGCAGGAACGAGUACUCGCGACGGGCCAUCAAGCAGGAUUUCGCAAUGGGAAUCAAGGAACUCGAUCAGGAAAACGCGGCCGAGGAGGACGAGGCCAACUUCGACCCGGACGUCGACCUCCGUGACUACGACGCCGUAGCUGCAUCUCUCCCCGUCUUCUGCGUCAGUAGCCGUGCUUUCCAGAAACUGAGCGGCCGCCUUCAAAAGGAUGAUUUCAACGCAGGGGGCUUCCAGUCAGUCGAGGAGACCGAGAUCCCUCAAAUGCAAGCACAUGCCAAGAAACUCACCGAGGCAGGGCGCGCUGCCAGCUCUCGGCGCUUCCUCAACGACCUCAUGCAGCUCCUCAAUUCCAUGACGAUGUGGGCCUCUGACGACGGCACAGGGUCGAGCCUGACUGACGCUGAGAAAGCCAGGGAGGAGACGCGCCUGCGCAAGCAACUGCAUAAGCUGGAACAGAAUCUCGAGGCGGCGUUGAGAGGGUGUAUGACUUCUGUAAAACAGGCUUUGACCGAGCACAUUUUUAUGAGUUUCGACAAGUACGUUCCGAUGGCGGUGGACGCGGCUGUGCCUACUGCAACACAAUGGGGAGCACCGAAGGCCGUAGGCGGUCUGUAUUGGGCGACCUAUAAGGCGACUUGCCGACGGAACGGUGUCUUUGCCGGCGCUUCGGGGGCCCUUGAUUUCAAUGCGGAACUCUUCGACCUCAUUUCGAGGCAUCUCGCCAGCGGCUGGGAGCGCGCUUUCCAACGUCGUCUGCCGACGUCCCUGGACGACUUCCUGCGGACCGUCAAAGUGCAUUUGGAGAAGUUCCACGCUGAGGCAAUUGAGCGGGCGAGGGAACUGGGAACACACUACAAUGGUUUGCACAUGCUGGGUCAACAACUUCAGGCCCACUCGCAGCGCUCCGCGGAUGUCCGUGGUGCAGUUUUGGCUCUGGCACAGGAAUUGCAGCGGGAAGCAAAUGGGGCCUCCACUCCUGUUAUCCAGGAUGAGAUGACGCCGGCCUAUGAGGGCUGUGUUGAGGAGCGAGGUCCUGGCUCCUAUAUGCGUAUGAAGAGCCUCAUGAUUCGGCACGUCGACAACCGCCGCACCGUCAUGUUUCGGAACGCCACCAACUUUGUGCAAAGGCAACUCGAAGUUGACUUGUGCAAUCGCAUCCAAGAGACUUUGGAGGCACACGUCCAGGAGCUGAAGUCCCGGCUUGCGCGCGACUAUCUCUCAGUCCUUGUCGGCGUUGACGUGGCUUCCAUCGGACUCGGUCCAUCUCGCUUGGAGCUUAUGCUGCGCGCAGAGAUGUUGCCUCUUUUGGCCAAAACUGAUGGAUUUUUUGCUGAGCUUUUUUCUGACAGUGGGAAGGACGAGAAAGUUCAAACGACUGAUGCGGACAACAGCGAUGGCGAGCAAGACGACAACGCCGCAAGGCCUGAGCAGGGACUGACAACGGCCGAGGAGUCUGUCACAGUCAAGGGCGAGCAGGAGUAA